AUGGUCAACUUCAAGCAUUUAUUCAAUACCGGUGACAAGGAAUUAGAUGAGCCAUUUAUUUUUGCAUCUCAGGCAACUCAAGUUUACUAUGUGCAAGAUCCUAUUGAUGCUGAUUGGUUUGCUGUUUUGAAGUCAAAACAACGUGACAUGUAUGAUAUGGAAGAAAGGCUAGACAAUAGUACAGAAAUAGGUUCUUUCUUGCCAGAUUUGGAUGCACACACACAAGUUAAUGUAUCUAUUGGUGGUAGUUGUGUUAGGACUGAUAUAGAUGGAAUAAUGAUUGUCGAAAACCAACCUAGCAAGAGGAAAGUUUGUAAGAGGAAGAGGAAUGGGACUGAAAGGGAUAUUGUUGAUGAAGAAUCUGAAAAUAGUUAUGAAGAAUCUGAUAAUCCCAUCAAUGAUGAAGAGCAACCUAUUGGGCAUCAAAAUAUAAGGAAAGGAAGGGGCCCAACCUUGAAGAAGAACAUAUAUUCAAGUAGUGGUGGGCCUAAAAUCUGCAUUACCCUUAAUGAAUAUGGACAACCAGUUGGUAGGAACAGCAAAGAGUUUGGUAAUUUCAUAGGAACUUUGGUGAGGAAAAAUAUCCCUGUUUCUUGUGAGGAUUGGAGACUAGUUGAUUCUAAAAAGAAGUUUGAGUUAUGGACAAAAGUGAAGGAAUACUAUGAAGUGGAUGAAUCUGGUAUAGAUUAUGUUAUAACAUCUGCAGCAAAAAAGUGGAGAGAGUUUAAGGCUGACCUAAAGAACAAAUAUUUUGAUGAAACAUUGAGUUUUGAAGAGCUUAUUGCUAAAAGGGAUGAAAGGGUGAAAGAAUCUGAUUGGGAGUGGUUGAUAACUUAUUGGAUGUCUCCAGAAGCCGAGGUUCGUACAAACAGAGGUAAAGAUAAUCGUUCAAAGCUGACUAUGUCGCAUGCAGCUGGCAGCAAGAGUUAUGCUCGUGUGGGGCAUGAACUGGCCGAGCAACAAGGACGCCCUGCGAGAAGAGAUGAAAUAUAUGUUAGAACACACACGCGUAAGAACAAAGAAGGGGAUAUUGUGCCUCUACCUGGAGCAGAAAUAUUCAUUAAUAAAUUUGAAGAAGCUGUUGCUGAGAACCCAGAACUGAAGGACAGAAGUAUUGAAGAUGGUGAUUUAUAUGCACAUGUUUUUGGAGAGAAAGAACCAAGAGGUCGUAUUCGUGGUUUAGGCUUAGGACCAACUCCACAAGAUGUAGGCACCCCUGGAACUCAAAUGAAAAUAUCAACAAAGCUUCAAAUGGCAUUGCAAGCUCGCAGUCAGUCUGAGCAAGAGGUUAGAGCCUUAAGACAGGAUAUGAAUCAAAUGAAAGAAAAAAUGGAUCAAAUUUAUCAAAUGAUGGUAGCAGCUCAAGGGGUGCAACAUAUAGAAAGCCCAUCACAACAUGGGUCUAAUUCUCGACAGAACUCAAGGGUGCAUCGUUCAGAUGAGGUGGCACAUGAUUACAAUGGUAAUAACCAUUCACAAAAUAUGGUUGAAGAUGACUUGCAACUUACUAGGCGAGUUGCAAGCACUGUGGGUCGUCUAAGGAAUCGUGAAGAUGUUAAUACUAUUGAAGAGCAAAGUCGCAGGCGAGACAUUGCAACAAUGGUACCUCAAAGAAAUCAUGGAUCAUCUCAAAAUGCAGAUGAUAAUCCUAUAAUUUUCUCAUCUAUCACUUCAUAUUUAUGUUUCAUUAUUUGAACUUUGUAAUCUUACUUCGCAUAUUUUAUUAGGUUGGUAAAGAAGUGAUAUUAUAUUCUAUGAUGAGAUCAGAAGUUCCUGUUGCAAUAGCAAAUAUUAUCUC